AUGCAGAGGUCUAAAGAGGAUACCACCGUGGCUCUGAGAGAACUACUAUCUCAAUGGGAUCUAAGGAUGGAGGGCGUCACCAGGAAACAACUUGAAGAUGCCCUAGCCGGAGCAGAUGUCGGUGGACUCUGUUCCAUUGUGAAAAAACAUUAUGAAAAGGAUUCCACCGACGUGAUAGCCGCCACGAGAUUGAUAGCCGGAGAUGGCGCUGUUAAAGAUACUAGAAAUCAGGUUAUCAACCAAUCAGAAAAAUCGGACUCAGAACAUACGAAUAAAGAAGAUAUCUACAGUGAGAAGAUCUCGGAAUCCAUGACUGUUCAGCAAUGUCGCAAAAAGUUGGAGAACAAGUACCUGGAUCAACUGUGCAAAAUUCAAAUGACGCCAUGGGAUCGCAAUGACUAUGCUGAUAUCGAAGAUAUGCAUACAGUGGUCACAAUGCUGCCGAAGAAGAUCGCUCGUGGAAAAGAAAAAAAAGAAGAGGAAAUACACCAGGUUUCUGUUGCCGAAAUAUUUUCAACGAAAGUAAAAGGCAAACUGCCAGCUCGAAUUCUCAUAUCGGCCCCCGCUGGAAGAGGGAAGACCACGGCUGUUGCUAAGAUGGCUUACGACUGGGUUCAUAGAAAAAAGGGGUCAGCAUUAGAACACCUGCCACUUCUGUUUGUUGUGAAAUUCCGAAACACAAGUCAGCUUACAUCGAUCGGAGAAGCCAUCAAAUCACAGCUUUUGAGUGAUGUUCAUGAUCUCACCCCAGAGGGCCUGGAGAGUUUCAUCAGAAAGAAUCAGGGCAUCUGCCACAUUAUUCUAGACGGACUAGAUGAAUAUGCGGGUAUUUCUUCUUCACAACGAAGCUCAGGGAGCAAUAUUAUGCAGGUCGUCUGUUUAAAGGAAUUUCCAGAUUGUCGAGUCCUUGUAACAACACGCCCUCAUCUAGAGAACUUCUUCGAUCAAGAUGAUCUUCCAAGGGUAUACACCAAGAUGUGGAUCGAAGGCUUCUCGCCAGAGAGCUCAUGCGAGUACAUCAACAAGUUCUUUGCUUCGACUUCGAAUCCGUGUAAGGGACAGAGUCUGAAGGAUUACCUUCAUGAAGAACCACUUAUUGAUGAACUUGUUAAGACACCCUUAUUUUGUCUCAUGAUAUGCCACGUAUGGAGUGAGGGCCUACUGGACAGUGAUACUACAACUCAAACAAAAUUGCUGGACAAGAUUUCCAAAUUGGAUAGAGUACUGCGCAAGAUCAAAGCAAACAUCGGUGACUACGAGAAUCUUAUCCGAUUCACUGCUGGCACGGACAACAGCCUUUGCAUACGAAUAAUGGAGGCUCUCCUUUCCAACCGCUUUUUGGAUGAGAGCGAGCGAUAUCGCAUUCUUCUUGACUGCUCAUCAGAGACCAAGGGUACUGAAGGAAAUGUGUCUUCGUUGGUUCAAAGAUGCGUGACUGCACAUAGUAUUGUUCUCAAAUCACCAACUGUCUACACCGUCGUUGGGAUGCAAAAUCUUCCGAAGCAACUUAAACAUGAGGUGAAGACAUUAAAGAUCGAGGGGUCUACUCUAACGACCGACGUGACGAAUGGACUAUGGUCCUGCCUCGGAUCAUUUUCGAAGCUAGAAACACUCAACAUCUCAGAAACCUCGCUCAGUUUCCCUCCAUCUCCUCCUCAGCUUCUAUCCGUCACAAAGCUAUCAGCCGAGAGAAUGACGCCACAAAGCUACGAAAGAGUGCUCUCAUCGAUACCUGGAGUGAGCGAUAUCGAUGUCUCUAUCGACGUUGCAGAGACGAGCCAAACUUCUCAGAUCACCACCGCCUCCAGACCUAUGGGUCAGACCAGGGAUAGGGGUGAACAGUCCUUUGUUCAUAUCAGACUUCACGCCUGGUCUACACUCACAACAGACAUGGAGAUUAAAUCAGGAAGGUCAAUUGGAGGGCUCAGUCUUCUAUUUGAGGACCAAACCAAAAAACAGCAGCGGCUGCAUGUGUUCGGGUUGAAGGGCAGAGACGAAGAAGCCUUGGUUGACAUGUUUGUCAAGACUAAACAACUAACGUACUUGAAUUCGGAGUAA